AUGUCGUGUUGCACCCAGAUGAGCAAAAAUGUAUUUUAUUUACUGCAUCGCAUAGCGUUGGACAAAUCAGAGGGUAAAAGGAGGCUGGGUAAAGCAGAGACUAUCGUUCUGUCUCUUAAAAACAGGGAAUCAAUUCAAGUGAGAAAUCUGAAACUUGGCAAGGCCUUGCAUUCUUGCCUUAUCAAAACCGCACUUCUUCUCGAUUCUUUCCUCGCCAAUCGUCUCAUAGACAUGUACACUAAGUGCAGCUGUGUGGAGAGUGCCCAAAAGGCCUUCGACGAUCUCUCCCACAAGACCACACGUUCGUGGAAUAUGAUGCUCUCUUUCUACUGUAAAAUGGGUCUGUUUAACAAGGCUCACUCACUGUUUGAUAAAAUGCAUGAACCAAACCUUAUUAGUUAUAAUUCAUUGAUCGCUGGUCUGACACAUCACGCGUUUCACAAAGAAUCAAUUAAGAUUUUCUGGAAGAUGCAGAAGGAUUAUGAUUGUUUACUAUUAGACGAGUUUACCCUCGUUAGUAUAUUUGGCAGUUGUGCCUCUUUAGCUUCCCUUCAUUGGUUGCGUCAAGUCCAUGGGGUGGCAGUUAUAAUUGGUCUGGAGGUGAACGUAAUCCUUAACAAUGCUUUAAUCGAUGCUUAUGGAAAAUGUGGCUUACCCAACAUCUCUAGUUCCAUAUUUUGUCGAAUGCCAGAGAAAGAUAUUGUGUCUUGGACUUCGAUGAUUGACUCUUACACUCGAGCUUCUAGAUUGGAAGAGGCGUGUAGGACAUUUAACGAAAUGCCGGUGAAAAAUACCGUGUCUUGGACUGCUUUGAUCAAGGGUUUUGCACGAAAUGGGCGUUUUGAGGAAGCUUUGGAUCUUUUUGUGCAAAUGAUGGAGCAAGGGAUAUGGCCUAGUGCUCCAACUAAUGUCAGUGUCUUGGGUGCUUGUGCAGACAUGGCACUUGUUGAAAGAGGUAAACAGAUUCAUGGUCACAUUGUCAGAAACAGCAAUAAUGGCUACUUGUCUAAUUUGUAUAUAUCCAAUGCUUUAAUUGACAUGUACAGCAAGUGCGGGGACAUGAAAUCAGCUGAAAAUUUGUUCAGGAUGACUCCUAUGAGGGACACAAUCUCUUGGAACACAUUAAUAACUGGGUUUGCACAGAAUGGCCGUGGUGAGGAAUCACUGGCCCUCUUUAAAAGGAUGAUAAAAGCCAAUGCAAAGCCUAAUUAUGUGACAUUUCUUGGUUUGCUAUCUGCUUGUAACCAUGCAGGUUUAGAUAAUGAAGGACUAGAGUUGCUAGACAUGAUGGAAAAGCAGUACGGCGUGAAGCCUAGACUUGAUCACUAUGCUAUAUUGAUUGAUUUACUUGGGAGGAAAAAUAAGCUCAAGGAAGCAUUGGAUUUAAUCGAGAGAACACCUGAUGGUAUGGAUCACAUUGCCAUGUGGGGAGCACUAUUGGGUGCUUGUCGAGUCCAUGAGAAUUUAGACCUCGCAAGGAGGGCUGCAGAUGCUCUGUUCAAGUUGGAACCUGAAAACACGGCUAGAUAUGUUAUGUUGUCAAACAUAUAUGCAGCAUCAGGAAGAUGGAAUGAUGCCAACAGAAUUAAAAGCAUCAUGGAAGAGAGAGGCUUAAAGAAAGAAGCAGGUUGUAGUUGGAUUGAAGUAAGAAAUACAAGAUAUGAGUUUACAGCCAAGGAUAAGUGCCAUGGCCAAAUUGCGGAGAUAUAUGAAAUAAUCAGCAAACUAGUCCAUAAUAUGAAAGAUGCUGGAUACCAAUAUCAUAUCAGCACUCCUUUUCCUCCAGUUGAGGAUGACAAUUUUUACUUUUAUUAGAUCAUAAUUCUCAGUUUGAUUGUUAGUACUACUUUGAUGUGAAUAAUGUGCAGGCUGAGAAUUGCCCUUUUGAGGAUCCUUCCGCAAGUUGCGUCUCUCUAGAGGCCCUUUCAAUGUUGCUUCAUAUUGCUGUUGUCUCUUAUUCCCUCCCAUGAAAAAUGAAAGGUAUUUUUUA